UUCAGAUGAGGACAGUCACACGCGCACUCUCGCUUAAAGACACAAAUUCACUCUAGCGCACGGGCACAGACACACUCUCGCUCAGGGUCACCAACUCACGCUCGCUCACGGACAUCAACUCAUUCUCGCUCACUUGCUGACACCGGGAUGCCGGCACCUUGAGACGACCCUGUCCUGCACAAAAGCUUUUGAGUCCUGAGAGAAAGAAUGCCCAUGCUGGAGCACGGCCCAAGCCUGCAGGCCAGCAGGGGGAGUGGCAGAGACCUGAUCCUGCCCAAAACCAGCCUCAACCCCUUCGACGAGGGUGAUGGGAACGAGGGGUGGAGUCCUCUGGAGGGGGAGAAGAAUGAGGCCAAUGAGGCGCGACAUGGGGUGACGGGGAAGAACCGCCCACUGAAGGGCACCGUGGAGCGCAUCCGGGGGGUGUCCCCGCUCAAGACCCUCGGCAAGCUGGGGAAAGGCCUGCGUCUGGCGGGACUCAACAAGGAGCGGGACCCCCUGUCCCAGCGGUGCUCCAAGACACUCCCCUCAACCCUGCCCUCAAACAAGGAGAAGAGGAAGAGCAGCCGGCGCAGCUCUGAGGAGAUCAUGUCACUUCUUAGACUGGCAGGAAGGCGCAUGGAGGCCCUGCUGACUGAGGGAUUGUCCAACGGGGACCUCAGCCCCGACGGAGACAGCGAGUCCAGGCGGCGCCUGUCCUUCCUAAAGAUGGUGAACAGGACCAAGCUGAAGAGGGAGUCGCUGGUGGAGAGCGUCCCUCAGGAGCCCGAGGAGGAGCAGGUGGAGGAGGAGCCGGAGGUGAAACACAGGGAGCCUCUCUCAGUGCUGGAGAUCCUUCAGCUCGUGACAAAGCGUGACCUGCUCCUGGCCGACACCCACAUCCUGGAGUUGGAGCGGGAGUGCGAGGAGGCCGCGAUGUUGCUCGCCGUCCAGGGGGAGGCGCCGGGCGCGCUUGCAGAAGAGUCUGCGGUCCCGGGAAGCAAGGACAGUGCCCGGCGCAAGGCCAAAGACCUGGAGCUGCUGUACGAGGCGCUGCAGAAGGAGCUGUGGGACGUGGUGCGGGAGUCUCUGCGUUUCCCCACCUCCGGGCCCAGCCUGGGGCUGGUGGUGCUGGUGGUGCAGCAAGAGGAGCAGGUGGACCGGGAUUGGGCGGGGAAGGAGGGGGCGAGUCCAGGGGCGCGGCCCCGCCAGUUGAAGCGCAGGUGGAAGCAAGCAGUGGCAGAGGCGGCCGACGGCAGCCUUCCCCAACAGGUGGAGGUGCAGGUGGGGCAGAUGGAGCAGUACCUGGAGCGCCUGGGUACCAGGGUGGUGGAGGACCUGGGCGCGGCCCGCAGGAACGUCCUGUGCAUCUACCCGGAGGAGUUUGCUGCCCCCAGUGUGUACGCGCAGAGCUACCACCAAGCUGUGGCCCAGCGCCUGCGCAGCGUCACCAGCUCCCCGCUGCAUAUCUCUGACAUCUACUCCCUGCUGGACUGGAUCUACAACGUUUAUGACAGGGAUGUUCUCAGCAUGGUCGACACAACGAUGUCUGUAAGCCGCUCUCAGCUCGGGCCACUGUUGCCACCAGAUACCAUCGAAAUGUUGGAGUUGGACUGUCUCAGUUCUGUCAGCGAGAAGGUGACCAGAGAGCUGGCUGAGGUCCUGGAUGAGGAGGAGCGGAGGUGGGCACGGUCAUUACACAUAGAGGAAUACCAGUCUUCUCUGCCACGCACAGUCAUAAAGAGGUUACAGGUGGACCUGGAGAGAUCCGUGGCUAUAAAACGAGAGCUGGGCGCACGUGUGGCACAGUGCAGCCUCAGUGGAUUGGCUGAUUUCCUUUACAGCUUCCAGAGAAAGGUGGCCGUGUUUCACGAAACACAAAUUGAGUUCGGUGAGCUGUGUGAUGGAUAUAUAGCGAAGACCAUCGCCUUUGUAAACUGCUGUCCACCUUUCAGGACCUUCAUCCAGCGCUGUAGCCAGUACGGCCCAGCAGGCAGCGAGGAUUUCACUCGGAGAGCGAACGCGUCUCUGGACAGGAUUGUCAGCCAGGGGGUGAAAAUCCUGAUCGACAGGCUGUUCGAACACAUCGGGCCUCUCUUCAACAAGCUGGUGAAGAGGAAGUGGCUCAAUAAUACUGACGCGUAUGAUGCCAUCGAAGCGACGAUCAAACAGCACUUCAGAAAGUUCCGCAGAAUGGACUGUCCUCCUUAUCAGGCACUGGUGGGGCAGGUGCACAGGCGGGUCCUGAUCGAAUACCUGCGGGCCAUCAUGAAGGGGCGGGUCAUCUGCACGUCACUCAAGAUGAGGAAGAGGAUGGCCUACAGGCUGCGCAGCGAGGGCAAAAGGCUCAAAGUGCUCUUUGAAGACCUGGAUUCUGGGUCUUCGUGGAUGGAUGGAGCCAUCACACAUCUGUCUGAGAUGAUUCUCCUGGAUGACAUCUCCUCCAUUCAGACGGCAGUGAAGGUGCUUGUGAGAGAAUUCCCAGACAUACGGAGGAAGCACAUCUCAGCCGUGCUGAACAUUAGGGGCAUGAUGCGGCAGGCGGAGAGGCAGGAGGUGCUGAACACGGUGAGGGACCUGGAGGGCAGUGACGGCCUCUCCCGGGCGUCCCGCGAGAGUGCCCUGUUCUCUGAGGUCCCCGUCACGUCCGAGAUGCACUGCCUCAACAUGGGCCUCGCCCGCAUCGCCCUCGCCGCUUCCUCCUGCCUCUCCAGCGUUCGCCCGCACCGCCGGAGUUCCUCCUGGAGAGAGGCGCCCGUGAAGGCUACCAAGCAGUGAGGCUGACUCCCCAUACUGCAACCUCUGGAAGUGCUUUGUUUUUAAUGGGGAAAUCGGGAAAAAUUACUUUACUCGCUGAGGUUUACUCAGAAAAACUGAGUUAAAAAACUGAACAAAAACUUAAAUACACUGGAAAAAACUUAAAAGUUUGAGGCUGACAUGAUGAACUACCUACACUGACAGGGUUUACUUGUUCAAUGAAGAAAUGUUGGCGAUGGCUCGAAUUCCUCAACUUUCUGGUGAAACCGGGAAAAGAUAGAGGAUGCUGUCUUACUGAAGCCUCAUUAUCUGCCAGGUGAAACCAAGAGUUUGUUAAAUAAUGAUGGUAUAUGCCAGUCAUCAAUACUCAGAGGGACAUUUUGUUGUCUGUGGGACACUCAAAAAAAACAGAUAUGCAUCAUCUUGCGUACAAGCACAAUUGCAACUCAGAUCACAAGACAGAAAAAGAUUUACUAUGUAAAGGCUGAUAAAUGAUAUAUUGAAAUGCAUUUUAUACCAACUACAAUAAAAAUUAUACAAAUAAAAAUAUAUUUUCCUAUGACAAAGUUCUGUAUAGCACACUGUACAAUGCUGAUAUCUUGCUGCAAUGUGCGAUUAAGGCCUAAUUAAAGGUACUGAAACUGCUGAUGCGCAAUUGUU